AUGGCGCACUCUCCUCUGCAGGACCAACCUGCUGUCGGCGCUGGAUCUCAGCUCCUCAUCCAGACGUGGAGCGUCCAGACGUGGAGCGUCCAGACGUGGAGCGUCCAGACGUGGAGCGUCCAGACGUGGAUAGGCCAGACGUGGAGCGUCCAGACGUGGAGCGUCCAGACGUGGAGCGGCCAGACGUGGAUAGGCCAGACGUGGAGCGUCCAGACGUGGAUAGGCCAGACGUGGAUAGGCCAGACGUGGAGCGGCCAGACGUGGAGCGGCCAGACGUGGAGCGUCCAGACGUGGAGCGUCCAGACGUGGAGCGGCCAGACGUGGAGCGUCCAGACGUGGUGCGGCCAGACGUGGAGCGUCCAGACGUGGAGCGUCCAGACGUGGAUAGGCCAGACGUGGAGCGUCCAGACGUGGAGCGUCCAGACGUGGAGCGUCCAGACGUGGAGCGUCCAGACGUGGAGCGUCCAGACGUGGAUAGGCCAGACGUGGAGCGUCCAGACGUGGUGCGGCCAGACGUGGAGCGUCCAGACGUGGAGCGUCCAGACGUGGAUAGGCCAGACGUGGAGCGUCCAGAUGUGGAGCGUCCAGACGUGGAGCGUCCAGACGUGGAGCGUCCAGACGUGGAGCGUACAGACGUGGAUAGGCCAGACGUGGAUAGGCCAGACGUGGAGCGGCCAGACGUGGAGCGGCCAGACGUGGAGCGGCCAGACGUGGAGCGGCCAGACGUGAAGCGUCCAGACGUGGUGCGGCCAGACGUGGAGCGUUUAGACGUGGAGCGUCCAGACGUGGAGCGUCCAGACGUGGAGCGUCCAGACGUGGAGCGUCCAGACGUGGAGCGUCCAGACGUGGAGCGUCCAGACGUGGAGCGUCCAGACGUGGAGUUCUUUCAGCAGAGAAUUUAUCUGUGGUUGCUGUUUCUAAAAUGUUGUUUCAUACUAACACUGUUAUCAUUGAGAGCUGCUCUGUCAAAUGCUUUUAAUUUGGUGGCACAAAGGAGACCUGUUCCUUUGAGAAACCAACUUUCUGGACUGAGGAGCAUCGUUAUAAUCAGCAUUAACGGUCUCUACGUCUGGUUUCAUUUCAAUUCCUCCACAGAAACAGAACAGUCUUGUUUUUAACUGAAAAAGCAGUUUUGUCUUUAUUUUCUUUCUGUCUGUCAGUCCACUCUGUUUGGUCACCGGGGCAAUAAGUUCUGACCGGACCCGCCUGGAAAGGUCUCUAUGGUCUCGUGCAGGUUUAAGACAGAAGGGCGUUUUGGGGGCUAAAUCCUGUAACAUCUCCACAGUCCAGUCCUCUUCCUGCUUUCGCUAUUGGACACUAGGACAGAACAUUGUGUCCUGAGAUGUGUCUUCUUGGAUCCUUGUGGUAUUUGCUCCCUCGUCUUGGAGCAGAUAUCAGGAAAACUGGAGGGCAUGUGAGUUGUGGAGGCCUUUCACCUUCCUCUGUGGGAACGGACUGCCGAGGAGGAAGAGCUUUUUAUUUUAGGAUUUCAUUUCUACCAGCCUUUGUGUCCUUUUUCUAAACUCACUGUUUGGUUUGUCCGUCAGUUUGUUCACUUCACGCGUGUCUCAGGUGAAACCGCAUCACAUGACGGCGGGACUUCAGUCGUCUGAAUGCAGUUUUCCAUCUUGUGGUCUUCUUGUAUGUUCUGUGUUUACUGUUUAUGACAUUAUAUUUGCUUUGUUGACGGUU